AUGUCUUGGAGAGCAUUAUUAUCACACAACUUACAAGAAAUUAGAAUUACAUUUUGUCAAUCCAAUCAAAGUAGUGAAGGUUUGAGAAACUUUGUUGUAAAGAAUUACUCUGAUUUAAAAAGAUUAAAUCCAAAAUUACCAUUACUCAUUCGUGAAGGUCAUGGUGUUGAACCAGUAAUUUACGCUCGUUAUGAUUGGGGUAAAGAAGAAAAGAAAGUUGUUACUAAUUUAACCGAACAAGAAGUUGAAGAGAAAUUAAAAGAAUUAUGUUUAAUGGGUAGUAAAUUCGAUAAAUCACCAGAAAGUGAAUUUGAUGAAGUUGAUAUCGUAUCUGCUUAUCAAAAACCAAUUUUAAAUUAUAGACCAAUUUUUUAG